AUGCAGCGCAGUCUUCGUAAAACUGAUCACAUGGGUGGCUGGGUCAAGCUGUCACUCUUGCUGGGCACCUUCCUAGCAGGAUUCCUAGCUGGCCGGUUGGGAGGCCCCCGACCGAGCGCCCCCCUGUCUGCUGCAGACUCGCUCCUCCGGCAACAGUUCCAGGGCGAGGCUCAGCCCCAGCCGUCCAUCCCCAUCCUGGGCUCGAAAACGGGUGAGCUCACCCCUUCCAGCACCAAGCCCCUGGUCCCACGCAGCGUCUGCACCAACACCUGCCCCACCGCCAGGGACGGUGUGUGCCAGGACGGCAGGCCCGGCCCCGGCGUCGACGCCGAGGCCUUCUACGCCACGGCCCGCAACGUCACCUGCGACCUGGGCACUGACUGCGCUGACUGCGGGGCCUGGGUGACGGACGCCAGUUCGGAGGCGCUGGCCUGGGCGCCCGUGGCGCGCCUGCGGGACGCGGGAAAUACGCUGCUGGUGAAGCGCGUGGCCUCGCCUGCGGGCUACCUCUUCGGCAUCACGGACCCCGCCCUCGACACUGACGUCUCCAGGAAGGUCGAUGCCACCGGCGUCUUCGAGCCCAUCCUCACCAUGAUAUGGCACCAAAUUUUGGCAGACUGCGUGCAGCCCGACGGGAGCCGGAGGCUGGUGGUGGACGUGGGUGCCAACUUUGGGUACUACACGCUCAUGGCGGCCUCCCUGGGGUGCAGGGUCAAGGCCUGGGAGCCGGUCCCCUCUUUUGCCGCCUUCACCCAGUAUGGCCUGCUGCUGAACAACCUGACCCAUCUAGUGGAGCUGAGGGACAAAAUCGUGAGCGACACCAAUGGGGCCAAACUCACCAUGAGCGUGCCUCGCAAGGGCAUCUGGGGCACUGCCGGAGUGGGAGGCGACAACCUUGCAGGCGCUGCCAAGGCAGACUUUGAGGAGAUCGAGAAGACGACGGAGCGUCUCGACAGCAUUGUGAAGGAGAAUGUGCUUCUCAUCAAGGCCGACGUUGAGGGCUUCGAGCCCAUUGUUAUGCGCAGCGCGCGCGACCUCCUGCUCAAGCACUCGGUGGAGAACAUCAUCAUGGAGUACUCCCCCGGCGUGGGCGAGCACCUGCAGAAUUGGGAGAAGUCGGCCGAGAACCCCAGGAUCAUCGCUGCGCUGCUCAAUGCGGGGUACUCUGCCUACGACGUGCCCUGGGCGCUGGAGAAGCAGUUCCCUGGCUUUGGCGCCCCCAUCCCCAACCUGGAGAGGGUGGUGGGGUCCAUGCUCGUGCACGACAUCCAGGACAUGGAGCGUGCCAAGCGCAUCGCCAUGGGCUCCCAGCUCUUUGAGCAGCUGCCCGAGCAUGCCGCUUACCUGGCUCCCAGCAACACGGUGCCCGACUAUCUGCACCCGCUGUCCUACCACUCCUCCUUCGGCUACAACACCAACAUCUGGCUGACGCGGCGCACCAGCGUGAACGCCACGGGCACCGCCACCGCUGCGCCCGCCGGCUUCGAUUUGGCCAGCGAGUGGUACCUCCCUGGAAACCAGGGCACGGGGCGCCGCCCCUGCGACUGGUUCUCGGUGGCCCAGCGGCUGGGCAACCGCUGCCGCUGCCCCAAGGGCUGGAAGUGCGGGCAGGCUGCCAAGGCGCUGGAGGCCGCCGCCAAGCUGGGCAAGCUGGCGCCCAAGCCCAUGGAGCCGGUGGAGGUCACCCAGUUCAGCGUGCAGGCCUGGUAA